UCGCCCUGUUCUAAAAAAGUUUUGUUGUUAGGCAGCUUUUCGUCUUCACUUUUUUUCUCACCCUUCCCGCCUCACACUUUAAUUUCCCAAACCCAUUCUCUUCUCUCACCGUCAUUACACUCCUCGACCACUGACAGGGCGCUUCUGGGAUCCUCUAUCCCCACCUGCGUCGCAUCCAGCACCUCAAGGAGCCCAAGAAGGUGAAGUCGCCCUGUCGUGUCGGGUGUAUAUCCCCUCUGACUCUCUUUCACCAUGGUGUCCUUUCAAUGCGAGGCCUGUGGUGAUGUCUUCACCAAGAAGAAGCUCGACCCUCACCGGGGCCAGUGUCGCGGCGCGACUUUUUCCUGCCUCGAUUGCAUGGUGCACUUCAAGGGCACGGAAUACAGAUCGCACACGUCAUGUAUGUCUGAAGCCCAAAAAUACCAGGGUGCUUUAUACAAAGAGAAGCCUGCCAAAGGUCAGAAACGCAAGAAAACCGUGACCAUUGCCGAUACCGUAGCAGCAAAAGGCUCUCGUAAUCCUUAUGUCGAAGACGCUCCGGACGUCGAUGAUAUCAGACCACCUCAAAAUGAAGCCCCUCCCCCUCCCCCUGCCCCGAGUCCUCCGCCUGCGACCGCAUCCCUGCCACCCGCUGCCUCAUCGAAGAAGGAAGAGAAGAAAGACGAAUCUUUGAACGUGUUUGAAUUUCUAGUCCCUGAGGAUGGUCGCAAUGCGUCUAAGGUCUCCUUGGGAGGAACAAAGGAGCAGAUGAAGAUGGUCAAGGACGCACCAAAGCUUUUUGAUGUACCCAAGGAGCUUGCACGCCUUACAGAUGGUCGGGAGGAUGACGAAUCUGUCUACGAUGUUGCAUACGAGGAAAAUGGCUUCUCGUAUGGUGCCGGUCCCAUUCCUCCUGCUCCAUACAACCAACCAUCGAAUAUAUCCAUGGAGUUUUUGACGCCCGUCCCCGGAUAUAAGAGCAAAGGUCGAUCUAAGAAGGACUAUCCGCCUUCUCUAGAGCUUAAUCGAACAAACAGCGAUAAGAAGAGAAAGCGAACAAAUCCAGAACACAUGGUCACCCCGGCAAACCAGACCAAGUUCGAAGAUGACAUCUCGAUGGAGGAUGCUCCUUCAAGCAUGGUGGUCAAUGCGCCGACUCCGGCUCUUAACCACUCAGGCCUUACUGGAGGUUUAAGCCGGAUGACCACGAGGUAUUCACAGAGCCCAGAUUCGCCCGAUUACAGGAGUGACCGUGAAUAUCUAAAUGGAGACCGUUAUCCCCAUCCUGUAUCACCGAUCAAGCGAACUCGCCGGGCAACCAGAGAUCCAAAUGACGAAAAUGGUCUUGGAAUUUCCGUCAAAGGCCGUUCAGGUAAGCUUAUGUCAAUACUGGGUGGCAGCACCACCGGUAUUACCGCCAUAGGAGGCAUUAGUAACGAUCCGACUUUAAAAGCUAUCGUUCGUACCCGUCGGCGCAGCACACCUGACGGCGAAAAGGAGCAAGUCAUCCAUGUUCGUAAACAAAAGCGUCACCGUGUUCGGCAACCUGAAACCGUGAAAACCUCCAAAUCAAAGCAUAGGACGAACGAUAUUCCGGCUGCGAAUGAUGAGGGUGAGUGGGAUGAUUUCGAGGAUGAACGGCCGCGACGACUCAAAGCAAUCGAGUAUAAGCGGCAGACCGACUCUGAGGACCGGUCGCGUUCUCCGCGUCAGGGGUCUACGUCCAAACCCAAGGAAGAUAACCAAAUCGUUAUUUACAACCAUGGCAAAGAUGAGUCCGAAGACCUUGACUUGCUUAAGCGCGAAAAGGCCAAUGUCUUUUUAUCGCUUGUGAACAAGGGCCCUGAAAGCGAGCGAGGCUGCUCGAUUCAUAAGAUUCUAAAACGUUUCCACCGUGAUAAGUCUGCCUCCCUGGGUUCGGAAGAGCAAGAAUCGAAGGAAGGUGGAGAGCGGGGGAGAGGUCGAGGUCGGCGAAGGAAUCGAGGGCUUGACAAGGAGAAGAAAGAUGAGGAAGAACAGGAUUUGUGGAGGAUGUUGAGGUUGAAGAAAAACGACAGGGGAGAAGUGGUCGUCUUUUUGCAGCCGAAUACUUGAUUUACCUUUUUUUUUCCUUUUUCCCCCCCCCUCUGGAGCGAUUCCUCCUUUCGAUUCGAUGCAAAUGUAGUGUCUUGUACUUUUUAAGCAUGUGCACUUAUUUGAUUAAUUUUUUUUGGGAUCCUCUCUUAAUUUCUUGGACUGCUCCGUCCCCUUAAUAGUCUCCUUCGGGGUUGGUGGUUUCUAUCACUGGGCUUCUUGGGUCCUAGUAUUGUUUGCUGUUGUAUAAAAUGAGGCGUACGGAGUAGAGCUGUAGUUAGUUAUAAGUACCACUUCUAUGCAUGGCGUGAGAUUUUUG